GCAACAAUAGGCGAGCCCCAUCUGCAAGGCGAGGGAUUCGCCUGUGCAAGAGCGGCGGGAAGCUUGUCUCCACCGCCAAUGUACAGCCUCGUCGAAUUCCAUUGCUGCUGAGAAAGACAAUAACAUCGUCACACCGUGUUCCAUUGUCUUCACCUCUGCACCGGCUGUUAAAUACAACGCGUAGACCAAUUGAAAGUAGAUCCAUGUAUCUGCAAAUCGAGAUCUAACUGAUUCCAGUAUGACUCACGGAAUCUUCACAGGCCACGAUUCCGGUGCAAAUUCCCCUAAGCUUGGCCCAGCGAGACGAAUCCAAUCUGACGACUUCUCGGAGGACGAAGUUGAGCAUCAUAACAUGGAACAAGAAUCUGCGACUGCGGGAUCAGAGAGAUCCUGGGACGAGGAACAAGACAAAGAGAGCGCACUACUGCCCAGUGCUGCGUUAUUACCAGAUGGAACUCCAGAGACAAGUACACCCUCAGAUGUGGGUGAGGGUAUGCUGCCACGAGAUAUUCAGCGUAAAACGGCAUACUACGACUAUGCAGCAGAGAAGUCAAUGAGCCAAGCAGAUGCGAAAUUGUUCUACCAGCGAAGCCAAUUGGAGGCACAGAAGACCGGAGGAAGCAAUUGGGGCAAUUCGCAGCAUUCACCUCAAGGCAGUCCGGUUCUGAUGCCGAGGUCCUUCUCUAAUGUCUUCGAAGCUGAGCAGGCGAGCAUGCGCAGAUCAGGAAGCGUGAAUUCAAUGAAGAGCUGGUACAAUGUUUCACAAGGUUCUGGCAAAUACAGAGCCACUGCUCCCAGUGGGCUUGCGGAUAUGGGCAAAUCCCCAGAGGCAAACAUCAUACAAGAACCGAAUUCGUCGGCAUUUACUCAGAGUCCUGUGGGCAUUCACAGAAUGGAUUCUCUGUUGCGCGCAGAUCUGGCUGCGAGGGACCACUCCGUACACCCAAACAUACCACAUGAGCCGAAGCCAUUGCUGGAGACAGAGGGGUUGCAUGGAGCAGGGGCUGGAGUGGGUAUGGGGACUGGAGUUGGUGGUUUCGCCAACAGUGACGAUAAUAUCACCUCUGAGCUGAGCACCAUCUACACCAAUAUUCAGAAGAUCCUGGAUAUUCGGCACAAAUACAUCCGGUUGUCAUUACAGCAGGAUGGAAGUAACCCUCGGGACGAGCCCAAUUGGAAGAUUUAUCCACCUCCACCAGAGCCCGCUUGGUACGAGGCUGGCUUUGAUGAUAGAGAUCGCGGUAACGCCACUACCAAUGGCAUGAACAGUCAGAGUGGCAGCAUGUCAAAUAGCAUGGUUCUCCCACCUCAGGAUCGACCCAAAACUGGCGACCAUUCCAGAAAUAUUAGCACUGCGUCUCAACCAAAAACACCACGAAAAAAGCGGAAGCCUGGCCAGGAUAUUGGUGAAGAUUUCUAUUUGGAAGAUGUUCUCCCUGUCCCAGGAUCCGACGAAAUGUCUUUCCGCAUGGACGAGAAUGGUGUCUAUCAAGUCUAUGAGAACUCUGAAGCUCUCGAGCUCGACACACCUGUCAUCAAUAUCCCCAAUAUCCGAGAAUACUACAUGGAUCUCGAAGAUAUCCUUAACAUCUCGUCCGACGGACCAAGCAAGAGUUUCGCGUUCCGUCGUUUACAGUAUCUGGAAGGCAAAUUUAACUUGUAUGUCCUACUCAACGAGUACCAGGAGAUGGCAGACAGCAAGCGGGUACCUCAUAGAGAUUUCUACAAUGUCCGUAAGGUCGAUACUCACGUUCACCAUUCGGCUUGUAUGAAUCAGAAGCAUUUGCUACGCUUUAUCAAAAGCAAAAUGAAGAAGUGCCCCGAUGAGGUUGUUAUGUUCAGAGAUGGCAAGCAUCUUACGUUGGAGGAAGUCUUCCAGUCUAUCAACCUGACAGCGUAUGAUUUGAGUAUCGAUACGCUUGAUAUGCAUGCUCACACGGACUCCUUCCAUCGAUUUGACAAGUUCAAUCUCAAGUACAACCCAAUUGGCGAGUCUAGACUGAGAACGAUUUUCCUGAAGACCGACAACUUCAUCAAUGGCAGAUAUUUGGCUGAGAUUACCAAGGAAGUUAUUUCUGAUCUCGAGUCCAGUAAAUACCAAAUGGCGGAAUGGCGUAUCUCUAUCUAUGGUCGAACAAUCGACGAGUGGGAUAAGCUCGCGGCUUGGGUCAUUGACAACAAGCUCUUCUCUCAUAAUGUCCGCUGGUUGAUCCAGGUGCCUCGCCUCUUCGACGUUUACAAGUCCACUGGCUUGAUGGAAAAUUUCGAACAAGUCAUUGUGAAUCUCUUCCAACCUCUAUUUGAAGUCACGAAGGAUCCUUCAAGUCAUCCAAAGCUUCACAUCUUCUUGCAGAGAGUUAUUGGCUUCGACUGUGUCGAUGAUGAGAGCAAGCCUGAGCGUCGUCUAUACAAAAAGUUCCCUGUGCCGAAGAUUUGGGACUCGAAGCAAAAUCCCCCGUACAGCUACUGGAUCUACUACCUGUUUUCCAAUAUGGCUUCGUUGAACGUGUGGCGAAAGCAGCGAGGUUUCAAUAUCUUUGUUUUGAGACCUCAUGCCGGUGAAGCUGGUGACACUGAUCACCUGGCGGCCGCUGUUCUCUGCUGUCACAGUAUCAGUCAUGGUUUACUGUUGCGAAAAGUACCUCUCCUGCAAUACAUCUUCUAUCUCGAGCAGAUAGGAGUUGCGAUGUCACCGCUCAGUAAUAAUGCUUUGUUCCUGGCGUAUGAACGGAACCCGUUCUUGAGUUACUUCAAGCGAGGUCUGAACGUCUCGCUAUCUACCGACGAUCCACUUCAAUUCGCUUUCACAAAAGAGCCUCUGAUUGAGGAAUACUCUGUAGCCGCUCAGAUCUACAAGCUUAGUGCUGUGGAUAUGUGCGAACUGGCAAAGAACUCUGUCAAGCAGAGUGGGUUUGAGCAUGCCGUUAAGCAGAGAUGGCUGGGUCAAGACUACCACUUGCCUGGGGUUAAGGGUAAUACUAUGGCGAAGAGUAACGUGCCGAAUAUUCGUGAAGGCUUCAGACACGAGACUUUGCAGCAGGAGCUAGCCAUGAUCGCACGAUACACAUCUCUAGCCACUCCAACCACUGCAGUAUCAAGCAAAGCCGAGUCAAUCCCCUACGUUCCGCAACAAGCACCACCCUCCCCAACCUCCUCCAUGAAAACCAAUCUCUCCUCCACCACAAUGCAACAAGACCCCUCCACCCAAUCGUACCAACAAUUUCCCGCCCAAGCAGCCCGCAUCCCUACAUCCCACUCUCAAGCCCAACUCGACCUCCUCCAACAAAACCAAACGCAAGCCAACGGCAGUCCACUCCAACACCCCACCACUACCCGUCCCAACUCCAACCUCACAUCCCCACACAUGUCAUCCCUCACGCGCGAAGCCUCCUGGCCGGUCGAAGCCUUCAGCGACUUACACCUCUCAGCUAGCGAGCCCCGCAUCUUCCCUGGCGUGGUGAGCCGCACGCAGAGGAGAGAUAGUCUGGUACGCAAGAGUAGUAUGAUUGAGACGGACGAUGUACAUAGUGUGGGGACCUCCAAGAAGGGAGAGAAGGGUGUGAGGAGGCUGGAUGGGGCGGUGGAGGAGGAGAGGGAAGAGGAGGAUGAUGAUGAUAGGGAGCAGGAACAGGAUAGUGAUGGGGAGAUGGAGGAGGCGGGAGGAAGGGAUGAGCAGUAUUGAGUCUUUUUCUUUGACCUGACCAUACUUCAAGUUGAGGGAUCCCGGGGAUUGAGAAUGAAAUUAAGGGACGAACUUGAACUAACGGGAAACUUGCGAGACGGGUUGAUUUGUAGGAGGGCGUAGCGUUCUACCCUGUUGCAACAUGUCGUCCUUUCUUUGUCACGCUUUUCUCCGAUGAGAUAGAAAACUAGACGACCUUUCUUGAUGUAGACUACGAUGCAUAAGAUGAGACACAUACGAAUCAAUGAACUUGAAAUUAUACAGAACACGACUCUGGCUCCCGUCCACGUUUCCUGGUGUUUUGAAGCUAAUGGGAAGGUGAGGGAGUAUGUAAGGAUGGAAAUUGGGCAACGACUGGGGAUUCGACUUGUUGGAAUCACUUGGAGAAGAACACUUGGAGAAGAAGAAAGAAGAGAAGGAGAAGGAAGAGAAGGGUCUUGGUGACGAGGAAAGGAAGAGCGAACGGGAUGAAGGACUGGGGUGGAGGGUGAGGUUGUUUUUGCUGAGGAUAUGUUGAGUUGGACGAUCGAGCGGGAUUAUUGAAUGAUGAAAUCGUCCUGAAUAUGAAACCAGUGUUUUGACGAUACUAUUCAAGGUAUACUUUAAAGGCGCACUGUUAAAGAACAGCAGUCGAGUCGAAAGUGUAUGUACUUCGUGUAAUUUGAACGGGUG